AACUUUUGCAGGACGCUAACACAUAUCUAAAAUGAGGCUCAGAUGACGAGGGGAAGUAUUAUUCGUUCGACGUCGGACCGCUCCCACCUUCUAGUCAUUUCCGCUUCCGUGGUAGCAUGACGCUUCCAUCGUGCCCGUUGCUAGUUCAUUUACUUCUGGCAGUGUUUAUGGGAUUCGAGUAGGUUGGAACUAUGGUCGCACCGAGGAUCCACCAACCUGUCAUGAGGAUGAUGGACUAUAUAUUGUACGACGAUUCCUAAUUCUUCAAUAUUAAUUAAACGCGCCAUUCUCAGACUCCCAAGACUACGAUGCUUCUAACAUCGCUUCUUCGCGCCCUUCCGGCAACCCUGCUCCUCUUUGGUACCAAUGCCAUACCCGUCGACGACCACGAAAAGCGGCAGUCAUCCAUCGACGCCUACAUCAAGAGCCAAGCCGAUGUAUCCAUCAAAGGGGUGCUUGCUAAUAUUGGGGCCGAUGGAUCGAAAGCGCAAGGUGUACCAGCAGGUAUCGUCAUUGCUAGCCCAUCGCGUUCAAAUCCUGACUACUAUUACACAUGGACUCGGGAUGCUGCGCUAACUUAUAAAGCGCUUGUCGAACGCUUCAUAUCAGGUGACACGUCACUUCGACAGAAGCUGGACGACUAUGUCUCCGCUCAAGCAUAUCUGCAAGGCGUGUCGAACCCAUCUGGCAGCCCUGAUUCAGGAGGUUUGGGUGAGCCGAAGUUUAACGUUGAUCGAACGGCAUUCACUGGCGCAUGGGGACGUCCGCAGCGAGAUGGCCCACCUCUUCGUGCAACUGCCUUAAUCAUCUAUGCCAACUGGCUAAUCGCGAACGGUGGCCAGACCCAGGCAGCGAACACAGUGUGGCCCGUUAUCGCGAAGGAUCUUGCAUAUACUGUACGCUAUUGGAACCAGACUGGCUUUGAUCUUUGGGAAGAAGUCAAUGGCUCCUCUUUCUUCACACUUUCCGCGUCGCACCGGGCUCUCGUUGAAGGCGCAGCCCUAGCAACCAAGCUCAGCAAAACUUGUGACGGAUGUGCUGCCGCUGCACCCCAAGUCCUGUGCUUCAUCCAAAGCUUCUGGACCGGUAGCUAUAUCGAUUCAAACAUCAACGUCAACGACGGCCGCACUGGAAAGGAUGUCAACUCAAUCAUAUCUUCCAUACACACUUUUGAUCCUGCCGCGAAGUGUACAGAUGCCACAUUCCAACCCUGCUCGUCUAGAGCUCUUUCGAAUCACAAAGCAGUCACCGACUCUUUCCGCUCUGUAUAUGGCAUCAAUCGUGGCAUCGCUCAGGGACGAGCAGUCGCCAUUGGGAGAUACUCCGAGGAUGUUUAUUUCAAUGGCAAUCCGUGGUAUCUGGCCACACUAGCCGCAGCAGAACAGCUAUAUUCGGCAGCUUACCAGUGGGAUCGUCAAGGCUCUAUCGUAGUCGAUGCUGUCUCACUACCAUUCUUCCGCGAUCUCUUGCCCUCCAUCGCGACCGGAACGUAUGCCAAAGGCUCCUCAAUCUACACCUCAAUACUGUCUAGUGUUCGUACUUAUGCAGACGGCUACGUCGCUGUGGUGCAAAAGUACACACCCUCGAACGGAGGCCUUGCAGAGCAAUUUGACAAGAACAACGGUUCACCACUUUCUGCAGUCGAUCUGACUUGGUCCUAUGCCGCCUUCCUUACGGCAGCCGAACGUCGUGCUGGCGUCGUGAGCCCUACCUGGGGUGAGCCAUCCAACAAUGUGCCACCAACUUCUUGCUCCGGCACUCCAGCCUGCAAUGCACGCAUCACCUUCAAUGUCCGCGCGAGCACCAGCUUUGGCGAGAAUGUCUUCGUUGUCGGCCAGUUGGCGCAACUCGGCAACUGGAACCCAACUGGCGCAAAGCCUUUGAGUGCGAGCAAGUACACGAGCAGUGACCCGCUUUGGUUCGCGGCGAUUGAUCUACCAGCGUCCACAGCAUUCGAGUAUAAGUAUAUUAGGAAGUCGUCGAGCGGACAGGUGACUUGGGAAAGUGACCCAAAUAGGAGGUACACAUCCUCAGCAGGUUGCGGAAGCAGUGCUAAUGUGAAUGAUACUUGGAAGUAGAUAUAUGGGUCACAAAAUGUUUAUACUCUGGUCGCUGAGACUACAUGCUUACUUCAGAGAUGACUUGGCUGGGCUAAAAUAGACAUAGUGGAACAAGU